ACAAAGAGAAGGCGAAAAAAUUUUAAAGCAAUGGUGCAGCAGGUGACGACGCAGCGAACAGAACGCAAGAAGUGUUGCAGGCAACAAGAAGAGCACAAAAACAAGUAACUGCAGUUUCUUCACCCAGAGAAGAUAUCAGAAGCAAAAUGACGGACGAGUUCAUAAACAGGAGCUUUAUUACUGGCGAUUCAACGGACGUAGCUGGUGGUGCAACGGUUGGAUCGGGUGUAUUGACACUAUGGAUUUUUUCAGUAGUACCCGAAAUCGUGUGGCGCGCUAUGCCAGGGAGUACAACAUGAAUCAUAAGAAUCGGGGAUUGGCCCUAAUAUUCAAUCAUGAGUUUUUCAAGAUACCCACGCUGCAGACUCGCUUGGGCACCAACGUGGACGCGGAGGAGCUAAGCAAGACUUUCAAGAAAUUAGGUUUCGAUGUCACGGUGCACAAGGACUGCAAGUGGCAGAAGAUUCGCGAAAACGUGGAGAAGGCAGCCGCGCAGGACCAGACGGACAAUGACUGCCUGGCCAUUGCCAUCUUGUCACACGGCGAGCAUGGCUGCAUUUAUGCCAACGACAUUCAGUACAAGCUGGACCUAAUCCUCCACUAUUUCACUGCCAAGAUGUGCCCCACGCUAGCGGGCAAGCCGAAGCUCUUUUUCAUACAAGCCUGCCAAGGUUAUCUCGUGGACGGGGGCAUGAUGUGGAAUAAGUGCCGGACUGAAACUGAUGGGGACUCGUCUAUGAGCUACAAAAUACCCGUCCAUGCAGACUUCCUCAUCUCCUACUCGACGAUUCCAGGCUACACUUCCUGGCGUAAUAUAGACAAUGGCUCGUGGUACAUCCAGUCACUUAUCGAGGAGCUGAACAGCAAUGGCAAGACGGACGACCUGCUCACAAUGCUCACUUUUGUCAGUCAGCGCGUGGCCAUCGACUUUGAGUCGAACAUGCCGGACAACCCAAUAAAGGAUGGUCAGAAGCAGAUACCGUGCUUCACCUCCAUGCUGACGCGCAUGCUGCACUUCGGCUACAAACCAAACAGAACGGAAUAAGCCCUCGCGCACAAUAUAGCUGAAAGAGAAGUCGAUGAAAGCGUUGAAGCAUAACUUACAAAUUUUUACAAAUUUUCAUAUAUUUUAAUUAAAUUUGAUCUGAAAUGAUCUAAAAUUAUAACCAUUUUAAAGAGAUAUUAAUGCACAACAUUUAUCAGCAAUUCGCAUCAAUAAAUUGCCUUAACU